AUCUACCUGCCUACAUGAAAACCAUGCAGCUCUACGCGGGUCUGCAAAACCACGGAACGCGUGUGUUCCUGCCACGCACCCUGAGGUAUCGGCGAGAAGCGGCAGCGCAGCAGGAGAGGGAGGAGCGGCGACAGCUGCAGCAACAGCUGGGACACGCAGUGGAAGGGCCCUGCGAACCCUCAUCUGUUCCCCCAUCCACCACCCCAUCCGCUCACCCAUCAGACUCCCCCACUUGCACCUGCGCCAUCACUCUCCGAAUGGCCUCCUGUUCCUCCUCCUCCGCCUUCUCCCUCCCCUCCUCCCCCAACUGCCCUCCAUCCCUCUCCUACUCCCUCCCAGCCCCUCCUCCUCCUCCUCCGUCGCCCCAGCCCCUCCAUCCCCUGCCGUCUCACCUCAUGGUGCUUGCAAUUCCUCUCACACGCACUUCUCCUGCUGCUGCUGCUGCUGCUGCCACCCCAGCAGCGGGUACUAGUGCACAUGGUGCGGGUGCUAGUGGUGCCGGUGCUGGUUUAGCAAAUGCUGUCAGUGCAAAUGGCGCUGUUGCGAAUGGCGCU